AUGGCGACGUCUUUCUCUCCGACAACCUCUGUCCGCUCCCUCUUCCGAAACCUUCCCAAAGCCCUUCUCUCCCUUCCCGACUCCUUUCACGCCGUCAAACGCUCUUUCUCCUCUUCUGCAAGCUAUGCCACUCUGAAGCUCCCUCGUGACUUCUCUCUUUCUCGAAGACCCCUCCUUUCCAAAGGGUUCUCGCAUGGGAGAACGCCACUUGUGAGGGCUGCUACUAUUGAAGAAAUAGAAGCGGAAAAGGCAGCAAUUGAGAAUGACGCUAAAAGUAGGAUGGAGAGGACUAUUGAUAAUGUCCGAACAAAUUUCAAUUCCAUAAGGACAGGGAGAGCGAAUCCCGCCAUGCUUGACAAGAUUGAGGUGGAAUACUAUGGAACUCCAGUUAGCUUGAAGAGCAUUGCUCAAAUUAGUACUCCUGAUGCCAGUUCUCUUUUGGUACAGCCAUAUGACAAAUCAAGCUUGAAGGCUAUUGAGAAAGCCAUAGUUAGCUCUGAUCUUGGUAUGACUCCAAAUAAUGAUGGAGAAUCAAUACGGUUGAGCAUCCCACAGUUGACAUCUGAAAGGAGGAAGGAACUAUCGAAAAUAGUGGCUAAACAAGCUGAAGAAGGGAAGGUGGCUUUGAGAAAUAUAAGAAGAGAAGCAUUGAAAGCUUAUGACAAACUUGAGAAGGAGAAAAAGCUCUCCGAAGAUAAUGUGAAGGAUUUAUCAAGUGAUUUGCAGAAGCUGACAGAUGAGUAUAUGAAGAAAGUUGAUGCCAUCUUCAAACAGAAAGAAAAGGAGUUGCUGACAGUUUGA